UAAAUCAGACAGAAGGCCAGUCACAGAUGACCUCAUUGGGAGUGGCGAGGAUAUAUAUUCACGCUCAAACAGCUGGUUAACAGUGGUCUUUGAGAUUUUCUUGAGUGCCGUGGUACUGUUAGUUAGUAGCUGGUAGGGUUUACAGUUGGGAACCAACAUACAAAAUGGCAUCAAACAUUGUCAGUCAAUUGCUCCUGAAUGCCACAUAUCAAUCUCGAAAUUCUUCCCCUAGUGGACCCACCAUUACACCAUUUCCGAACUUUGACCCAAGUGCAGAUGCAGCUGCAUUAAACGAUGCACUCAAUGCAAAAGGUGUGGAUGAGGAUACUAUCAUAAGCAUUUUGACAACACGGACUAAUUGUCAACGGCAACAAAUAGCAGCAGCUUAUCAACAGAAUGUUGGGAAGCAUCUCAAAGAUGUCGUAAAGAGAAGACUGUCCAAGAAGCUGGAGACAGUGGCUCUUGAUCUGCUGAAAACACCAGCUCAAUUUGAUGCAUAUCAGCUGCAUCAUGCUAUGACGGGUCUUGGUACUGAUGAAGACUGUCUUGUGGAAAUACUGGUAACCAGGAGCAACAAGGAGAUAAAGGACUUUAUUAAAGCCUACGAAGAAGAAUUCAACAAAGAUCUGGCAAAAGUGAUGAAAGCUGAUACAUCUGGAGCAUUUCAAAAAGCUUUACUUGUGCUACUUGAGGCAUCCAGAGAUGAAGGUGACACUGUGGAUCAUGAUCUUGCUGAUGAUGAUGCAAGGGCUUUGUAUGAAGCUGGUGAAAAAAGGAAAGGGACAGAUGUCGACACCUUCAUUAAAAUUCUGUCGGGCAGGAACUUUGCGCAUCUAAGAACUGUGUUUGAGAGGUACACAAAAUACAGUCGACAUGAUGUGGGCAAGGCCUUGGAUCUUGAGCUGAAAGGGGACAUAGAAAACCUACUAAUAUCUUUGGUAAAAUGCAUUGGCAACAAACCAGCCUACUUUGCUGAGAAGCUGCAUCUUUCAAUGAAGGGUUGUGGCACAGAUGAUAAUAGUUUAAUCAGAAUUAUGGUUUCCCGUUCUGAAGUGGAUUUGAAGGAUAUUAAAGUGGAAUACAAAGCUAAAUUUGGAAAAACUCUUUACACUGCCAUCAAGGAUGAAACCAAGGGGGACUAUGAGAAAAUCUUGCUUGCUCUCUGUGGAAGCAAUGAGUAAUGUAUGCUGAUCCCAAGCAUCUGACAUUUUGGUUAAAUUGUAAAGACAAUGCAAUGAAGUUGAGACUGACUUGGAGUUGUGAAAUCAAUACUGAAUAUCUAUUGUACCUGGUGCAAAUAAAAUGUUGAAUUGA